AUGACCUACAUUGGUGAGAUAUUGUACGCCUCCUCAUCAAAGGAAUCUGGCCUUGCCUGGACGCGCGAUGCAGUCGAUAUGGCCGAGUCCACAAUGCUCGACCUCGGCAAUUCGGCCGACCGCACUGCUCGAACUCGCUGCGCACAGUGCCUAAAGGUUGGGCUAGAGAAUUGGAAAACCAUGAUCUCUUCCCUUGUCAUCCGUGCCCGGAAAGAGGAGCAGGAGAGUAGGGAUCAAGCUAAGGGUGCUUGGUUUGGCGGCGAGCGCCGCGCAGAGGCAAAGAGUCUCGAUCGUCGACGCUGGGAGGCUGAAGACGCUAUCCUGGAGGAUCGAAUUCGUCGCCUCUUCCCUCUCCUCGAAGGUGAGUCUGGACUGGACCUUCUCGCUCCAAACAGCUCUUUGUUUGUGUAG